AAGGAGAAAAAACUAUGUAAAAAAAAAUCUAAAUGGUAGCGCAAAACCCAAAACCCUACAGAUAAUCCCCAAUCUCGCUGCUCCGGGUCAAAUCAGCGAGUCGGGUCGAAAAUUCACCUGAGAAAAAUGUUCGCGAGGCGGCUCUCGUCCUUCUUCAAAGGAUCUUCAACCUCAAGCUCGGACAAAGCAGUGAAAGUUGGGACAUUGGGCUCUUUUGGUCGCAAGGCAGUGUCUUUUGUCUUGAUUACAGUCACUGGUGGUGUUGCUUUGAGUGCUCUCGAUGAUCUUUCUAUCUAUCGUGGAUGUAGCAGCAAGGCGAUGGAGAAGGUGAUGAAUAGUAAGGCGAUGAUUGAAGCCAUUGGAGAGCCAAUUGAGAAAGGGCCAUGGUACAAUGCUUCACUAGCUGUUUCUCACCAAAGGCACUCAGUGUCUUGUUCAUUCCCUGUGAUUGGACCACAAGGCACCGGAAUCUUGCAUCUCAAAGCUGUUCGCAAUGGAGAUAGCAUGUUUGGGUUUCUCCAGCAAAGGGACUGGGACAUUCUGAUAAUGGACGCACUUGUCCAUGUCCCGUCAAACGAGGGGCCCCAACAAACCUUGAGAAUCAACGUUUCUAACAUCGUUGAUCCUUCGCCUGGUACCGACGAUUUGCCUGGUACCAACGAUAAACCUUCGGUACCACGAGAGCCAGAGAAGAGUUAAACAGAGAGAGAGAACGCUUCGUGGAGCUCCUGGCUAUGGGUUUUAUUCCAUUCCAUUCCAUUAUAUCUUGUGGAGCAACAGAGAGAAUUGGGUCUUUUAUUUACUAAUAAUGAACACUUUCUUUUAGGAGUAUACAAAAGCUGAAUACAUGAUUGGUAAUAAUAGUCUAGUGAAUAACAGCAUUGCUAUAUCCGUUUUGAUUUGGCCGCUUUUUGCUCUUUAUGUUUUCAUAUAAUAUGUUUUACGUGUUUGUUUGGCUAA